UCUUUAUUUUCUUAAAUCAUGUUUUUAUGAGAUUGUUCUGUAUAAUGAAAAGCGCUUUACAAAUGUAAUAAAUUAUUAUUACCAUAAUUCAACUCCAACCCUCGUUCCCCACAGAAAGGUCCAGUUCGAACACUUUUACAUGUCAACAAACCUUUGUGUUUGCCUGUCCCCUCUAUAGAAGGGCAGCCAUGUUCCCUGAUGCCCUAGAGGCAGCUGGCCGGGUGGAAGGCUUGCCCCUGACCUCCCCCGCAACUCCAACCUUACCUGACCCUGAUGAAGAGGAAGGCCAGAGGGAGGUGAUGGCGUGGACCAGUCCCAGGCGGAGAGCUGGCCGCUACCGUCACAGCCUGCAGAUACUGAAGCCCUUCAGGAUAACACACAAGUAAGCGCCCUCUUUUUAGGGACUUUACUCAGCCCCUAAUCUGAAAUCCUGCAAUGUUGACACUAAAGAGACCGAGUGUGCACUGCUUUUGACCAGAGCCCUAUUAGUCCUGGUCAAAAUUAGUGCACUAUGAAGGGAAUAGGGUGCCAUUUAGGACUCAACCAUAGUGUUCCUGUUUCGAUGGAGAGAGCAGCAGGAUGCCAUGAUAAGGGAAUCGCUAACAGAGGGCUCUGCGUUUGAAUGCAAACAGAGGGCUCUGCGUUUGAAUGCACGCGGACUGAUAAACUGCCCUGGAACUUUUUUUCGCUGCUCCCCAAGAUUUCUAUGAAGUGCCUGCAAACUGCUGUUCAAACAACGGUUGUUCAUGAUUCAUCUUUCCACUUCGCCGGGUCAAAGUGAAGGCUCAGGGCCUCUUUAUUAUGUUAUUGCUGUCUCUCUCUCUCUCUCUCCUCUCUCUCUCUCUCUCUCUCUCUCUCUCUCUCUCUCUCUCUCUCUCUCUCCACCUAACACCCAGAUGAUGCCUAGAUUUUCACUGUCUUUCUCGCAGGCACCAGCACCCAGUCGACAACGCUGGUCUCUUCUCCUUCAUGACUCUGCACUGGCUCACCCCGCUCGCUCUGAGGGCCCACAAGACAUCCAGCCUCUCCAUAGACGAUGUAUGGGGCCUGUCCUGCCACGAGGCCUCUGAAUUCAACUGCCACAGGUGAGGCUAUUGUCAAACAUCAAUCCCCAAGCACCCUACUGUCCAUUGACUCUACAUAGGUUCAACAGGGUGAUUGUUUUCCCCUUCAACAAACAUUCAAUUCAUCACUUUUCCUGUCCCUUUGCAAGUUAAACCAACCAAUGUUAAAAAAACAUUGAACAAACACAGACGGUAGGCCUAGAAAACAGAAGUGCAGGCCAAGGUUUACCAGCCAGGUGCAUUGUGGGUCAUCUCAGAGUGGACCUCCGCAGUUGCCGCAUGUGGUAUUCCAUUGAUUUCCCAGAGUCACCCUCCACAGGGGUUGAUUGACUGAUUGAUGAACAUCCUAUCUCCAUAGAGAUUUGGAAGGUGUUUUUAGAGAGUUAGCCGGGACUAGCUCUGCUCAGUGCUGCCUACAGAGAGAGCGGUUAUGUCAUUAACCCUCAUCCUCGCCUCGGGACAGCCUGUCUCUCCGUGUCUCUGAUUAACUGUCUCUUUGACUGGCGACACAACUGUUAUUAUUCAUGAGUAGAUGGAUGGAAUGAAUGAACAAAUGAAUGAACAAAAGAAGGACAUAUUAAUUGGUGGAGCAUUUGUGGCUCACAUUUUUCACAUGACUUCCACAUCUUGAUCAAAAGCAGAAAUUCCUGUGAGCUAGGCCUAUUACAUGCUAUAGGGGAGGGACGCAUAAAAAGUGUGUCGCUGGCCUGGGGCCAAACGUGGCCCUGAAAACGGCCACAUGCAUUGUAUGCGUGUGCUGCGUCUGAAAAGAAGAGGUAGAGUGGAGGGUUUAACUUCGUGUUUACAUGCCUAGAACAGUUAUGCAAUGCAACUCCCACAGAGAGGGGGAUGGGAGAGGAGCCAGAGAGCCCUCUGGGCGAGUUGACACUUGCUAAAAGAAGGUGCUAUUAAUGAAACGCCAGCAGGCUAUCCUCUAGCUUCAUUCAGUCACCACAUUUGUUUUUUGUUAGGCUAGCCGGUAUAAAAUGUGGCAAUUAGGCCACAUUUGCAGCACUAUGUUUAUAUAAUUUUUUUUUAUUAGUUUGAGUAUUAUUAAGUGAAAGUGUUUUUAUAGUUGUUUUAUAGUUGCUUUAUGUGCACUACUACUAGACGACUCUUUUCAACCUUACAGACAGUGAACUGGAUUUCAUUUGCUUGUAGACUCACUAUCUUUUGGGGCCUUUUACAGGAUUGAUAGGCUUCUCUCUAAAUUAAACUGCUUGGUGUAGAGACCAUUGAUUUCACUUCAAACCAAAAACUCCAAAGGAGCUAUAUUAUUUAUACUAAACAUUGAAUGUAUCAUUUCCUACAAAACUCGCUCUGCAAAGACAGCUUAAUUGUGUUAAUUGUAACUUCUCACUCAGCUCGUAGGUAAAUGUGAAUUAGCACGCGGGAGAACGUGCUUGGGUUAAUGCACUUUAUAUCUCUGAAACGUUUUUAAUAAACCCAUUAAGACAUAAAUUAGUUGCGGCAGCUGCUCCUUCCCUCUCUUUUUCAAGCCAUUAGGAGUGAACCAUUUAGUCAAUAAGGCCUUUUUCCAUCUUCAUGGGGAAUGUGUGCAUUAGCACAUAUUUAGCAUGUUGGCGUGUAUUGCUCACACGGAUAUUAUCCUACGCACCAUCCAUUCACACCUCCCAUUGGGCUCGUUGCCUGUUACUGUAAUUAAGCUGACCCACAACGUUUUUUAAUAACAAUAAUGGAUUUAUUUUAUGUAGUGCUUUUCAUUACAAGGAAAAAAUCUUAGUCGCUUUAAAAUAAAAAAUAAAGAUUAAGGGAUCGGCAGGUCUUUGGCGAGGGUUUUCCACAUAAAGAGUCUAAUUUAGUGUAAAAUACUGGUAUGAAAUGUGCAUUUUUCCAAGAUUAUAAUUUGUCCUCCAAAAAUGCUAAUUUCAAUCACCAUCUUAAUAUUAGCUGAUCUAUCACCUCACCUACUAUAUGUCUGCGUAGUGCAUACUAAUUUGGAAAGAUAUAGGUCUACCAUUGACUUCCUUCAUCAUUGUAAACCUUGGUUGACAAUACGCUGACAUGGAUUAGUUCAAGCAGCUAAUGUGAAUGUAUUAUGAUUAUGCAGAGUAGGCAUACGUUUUCCCUAACCAUUGAUACAGGGUUGGGUGUUUUUGUCAGUAGGAAAAGGCUAGGACUGGGUAAAUGCUAAUCUGAUUCUAGAUCUGUGAUCAAGAGAAACUAUUGCUGAGUCAGUGGUCUCAAGUUUCUUCAGUCCAUCUUAACCUCUCUCUCGCUCACUCUCACUCUUACUCUUACCCUACGGUCAGACUGGAGAGCCUAUGGCAUGAUGAGCUGAAACAGAAGGGGAAAGAAGAGGCAUCCCUGUCCCGUGUCUUCUGGAGGUUCUGCCAGACCCGCAUGCUGGUCGCCAUCUUCUCCCUCCUCAUCACCAUGGUCACCGGCUUUGUGGGGCCCGUAAGUACACUCCAAAUCUGCUUUCUUUAUUUUUUUCUGCUGAUUCAGCUAACAUUGGCAGUCCUCAUUCGGUCUGCAUACUGGCUCAGCCCUAUUCCCAAUGUAGUGCACUACUUUUGACCAGGGCCCAUAGGACUAAGUAGUGCACUCUGCAGGGAAUAGGGUGCCAUUUGGGAAGUACACUGGCUCUGUCCGAGUGUAUAAAAAAUAAAAGCACUAUCCCAUUUCACGCUAGUCUGAAAAUGUAAAUGAAAACAUACCAGAAGAUUACAAAGCUUUAGAUGGUGAGACCCAUAUUAAUCCUCCAGAUUAGCCAGUGUGUACCAUGGUCGCACUAUGGCCCAGAAAUAUGCAGUUAUUUUCCAACUGCCACACUUUGGGCUUAAUUUUCUCCCUCCUCCUAUCUAAAAUACCCCAAAUUAGCCUCGAACAGCAGUGAAACGGAAAAGUGCUGACAGUACAGUACAUUGCAGUACAAUGCGGGCGCUUAUUACAGCCAUAUUAAAUUACAUUUCAGAUGAAAGGCAAUUAAGUUUGGAGUUCCCGAAAUGCGAUAUUAUUGAGUGGCUGUAUUGUUUCCACCACCUCUAGCUUUUUAUUUGGAUGUCAUGCUAGGGCUACGUGUGGCGUGAUACGUGCUAGCAGCUUUCCUCAUUCCCAUAAUAGAGUUAACUGGAUUUACUAGUUACACAAUUACUCAUUUGUCUAACAUUCCUGUCUGGGUGCUCUGUAGGCCUACUGUAUAGAUGUAUUUGGCAUAGAUUGGACUAUAGUACGCACUAUAGAAUGCACCUUAUAAAGUCUCCAGUUCACUCUACCUCUGAUAUCCUCCUACAUUUUUGUCUUCUGCUCGAAAUGCUAACUCUUUCUCUCUUCCUCCCUCUCUUCCUCCUUCUCUUCCUCCCCUCUUAGAGAGCUUCCUCCUCCCUCUCUCUCUCUCUCUUCCUCUUCUCUUCCUCUCUCUCUCUCUCCCUCUCUCCCGCUCUCCUUCCUCCCUAGGGAGAAGAGAGGAAGAGUCUUCGAGGAAAAGAGAGGAGAGGGAUGGAAGAUCGAGAGGUAGAGAGAGAUCCUGCCUCCUCGUCUCCACUGCCAGCUCUCAGCACGCUCUCCGAAGUCAGUCUCUCUCCCUGCCCUCACUCGCUGCAUUCGACUCCAGUCUCUUCCGUCUCUACUCGCUCGAUCGCUCCUACUGUCUCUGUCUCCUCACUCGUACUACUUCUCACCUGUCCCUAUCCCUGUCCGUCAGUCUCCGAUCUCUCUCAGUCUCCCAUUCCUCGCGUACUCAUCCUCUCCUUCCUCCUCUCUCGCUCUCUCUCGAACUCUUCCUCAUUCACGUCCUCUCCUGCUGCCGCUCUCGAUCUCCUGUCCUGGCUCCUCGCCGUCUUGCACUCUCUCUGGCACUACGUCCUUCCUCCGGGACUCUUUCGCUGCCUCCCUUCCUCCUUUCUUCCGUCCCGUCCUACACGCUCUCUCCGUCUCUCGACGACUCGCUCUACUCCUGCGUCCCGUCUCUGCCCUCAUGCUCACUCUGCUCCCUCUGCAUGCCUACGCACAUCGUCGUUACUCGCCUAGAGCUGCCUCUCCUCGUUCCCUCUCUCCCGUUGCCUCCUCUCUCCUCUCUCCUCUUCCUCUCCCUUCCUCUCUCUUUUCUCCCUCUUCCUCCCUCUUUUCCUCCCUCUCUUCCUCCCUCUCUCUCCCUCUCUCUCUUCCUCCCUCUCUUCCUCCUUUCUUAACCCCCCUUUCCCACCUUCACCGGUAUUCCCAUUCCCAGGCACUCCUGGUCCGUGCCCUGCUGGAGUAUUCUCAGAGUGCGGAGAGCUGGCUGCCCUACGGCCUCUCCCUGGUGGCGGGGAUCUUCUUGAUGGAGCUGAUGCGCUCCUGGUCGCUGGCACUCAUGUGGGCCGUCAAUUACCGCACCGCCACUCGCCUCCGGGGUGCAGCGCUCACAUUCGCCUUUCACAAGAUACUCCGCCUUCGCAGCACCAAAGACAUCAGUGCUGGAGAGGUGAGUGUUUGUUAGCCUGGUCCCAGAUCAGUUUGUGCUGUAUAGCCAACAUCUCUGUUCAUUGCCAUGCCUGGUCCCAAACAGAUCUGGGAACAGGCUAGGGUGUUUGUGUGAUACCUUCAGUUCUGAAAGUGAAAUGCACUUGCACUUCUAGUGGUUACAUUGCAGGUGUGUCUCAGAUAACAAAUAGUUUCAUUGGAUCAGUUUCAUGAAACAAACAUAACAAUGAAAAAAACUCCCACCCACUGCACUCGUGCAAAGUAUAAUUUUGUAUUGUGCCAACGUCUCAGCCUUUUGUCCUUUUUCAAAGCCAUGCACUACUGUUGAAAUAGUUUGGGGUCAAGUCAAAUGUCAGCUUAUUCUCAUUGCAGCAUUUCAGCUUUCUUUGGGUUAAUUUCGUUCUCUUCUUUGACUGACUAUGUCUUUGUGAAGUAAAUGGUCUGUUUCAAUGUGUCCUCUAUUAUUCUGUGUCAAUGUCCAUACCUACAGCUGAUCAACAUCUGCUCCAGCGAUGGCCAGCGGGUAUACGAGGCAGUCUCAGUGGGCUGUCUGCUGGCCGGUGGCCCACUUGUGGGUAUCCUGGGUCUGUCCUACACCACUUACUUCCUGGGACCCACUGCAUUGGUUGGAUCAGCCAUCUUCGUCUUCUUCUACCCUGCUAUGGUAGGAAGUCCUCCACAUACUAACAAAGGAAUGCACACCAUAUGAAAGUGCUGACUAAUAAAAAAAAUCUGAACGGAUAUCGAAAGGAAAGUUACACACGCCACUCUCCUCUGACACUGUUUAUUUAACUCAGAGGCAUCUUAGUGCUACCUUAGCUUCAUACAGUUGUAGCUUAUGUAUAAGGUUUAGUUACUGAACAUUUUGUCCACUAAAAAGGUAAACACCAUUAUUUUGUCAGCAGUGUCCCCACAAAUGUUACUUGGAGCGUGAUUACACUGAAGUUAUCUCACUCUCAGCACUUGGUAAUUCAUGAAUUGUCUUUCCUGUUUAUAGUAUUAGUCAUAAACAGAAUCAUAUUUUCCCAUAACUGUAAGAACUAAAGUGAAAGUCCUUCACUUCACAACACAACCUGUUUGUUCCCCUUAACUUCCCCAAAACUCCUUCCCCAAAACUCUCCACCUGCCAGCCUGCCAAUCUCCUGUCGACUUUAGUGUUGUUCCUCUUAGAGAUUCAUUAGCUUCAGUCUGAAGCCUGCCUGUUGGGGACCUUAGUAUUGAUAUGGAAGCCGUUUAUAGCCUGUUCCCUGCAGUAACCCUGACGUACAGCUGAUGCAAUAUGGCUGUGUCUGCAUCCCAAAUGGUACCCUAUUCCCUAUACAGUGCACUACUUUUGACCAGGGCCCAAGGGAUUCUGCACUCGGGCUCCCGAGUGGCGCAGCGGUCUAAGGCACUGCAUCUCAGUGCUAGAGGCGUCACGACAGAUCCCCUGGUUCGAUUCCAGGCUGUAUCACAACCGGCUGUGAUUGGGAGUCCCAUAGGGCGGCGCACAAUUGGCCCAGCGUCCGGGUUUGGCCGGUGUAGGCCGUCAUUGUAAAUAAGAAUUUGUUCUUAACUGACUUGCCUAGUUAAAUAAAGGUAAAAUAAAAAUAAAUAAAAAGGGAAUAAGGUGCUAUUUGGGACAUAGACUGUGUCUGCUUUCAUUUCCCCCAACUGUCACACACAUUUCUCCUCUGUUCCUUCUUUUCUUUCUUCUCCCCAUCCGGGAAAGAUGCUGGCAUCGCGUCUCACAGCGUAUUUCCGUAAGAAGUGCGUGGUAGUGACUGACCGGCGCGUGAGGCUCAUGAACGAGAUCCUUGGCUGUAUCAAGUUCAUCAAGAUGUACUGCUGGGAAAACGCUUUCGCUCAGAACAUUCACAGUGAGUGACUGGUUGCACGCGAACACACACACGGCUUGUAUUUUUUGGUCAGGUCACUUGGUCAGGAAAAACACAAGGCCCGAGUCAUCAUUUUUAUGACACAGUGACUCAGCAAAAAUCAUAAUACAUGACUCACUUCCUGUUUUGCAUCUGGGUUAAGGGAAUUAUUUCCAACUGAGAAUGUGCCACUUCCUUAAUUUGACUAAUAUUGACAUUUUCCUCUCGGUUAGGCCAAUUCUAUUUCAAUUCCAGUCAGUCCAAGAAAUUCAACCCAUUACCUGAAACACAUUAGUUCAAAUCCUCCAAUCAUCAAUUCAAAUUAGACUCAUCCCCGGAAUUGACCCGGCAACUCCGUUCCCAUUAGAUUCCAUUGGCUUAGAUUCCCUCCCUGUCCUUCCGCAUUACGCAAGCCCUGAUUGGAUCCCUGCGCCCCAAGGUUAAUUAGAAAAGUGUUUAAAGCUCUUUGAUACCUAAAGACCUGCAGAGGGUUGUUCCACUUAGAGGAGAUUGAAGAGUUAGAGGGGGGCAUUUCUCAUGAGGCUCUACAUUGUGGAUAAGAAGCAUUUGGUGCUUUUAAUCAUGACUGUAAUUAGACAGGUGGGACUCAUAUCCUCAUAUCAGCCCAUCGUUUGGAUGAUAAAAAUAAUAAUAAUACCUAUUAUUAUGAUAAUUAAUUGGACGUUCAUCUUAAGGGAUAUCGGGUGUUUAAUAUCAAGAAUUGUGAUAUCGUUCUCUUCAUUAGUGUUAUUGUUCAUUGACAGCCAUAUUACACCUGCUGAUAUCAAUAUGCAUUGCCUUUGUAGCAGUUUCUACAAAGGCAAUGCAAUUGUAAUGUGUUAACUAAGUAGGAGUAAAUCUAACAACACUGCAGUGAGUCCCUGGAGAAAAAUAUGAAAUGUGUUAGGAGGAGUGGAGUCAUGUUAGUAGCCUUAGCUGUGUGAGAAAAAAAUUAACCUUGUCUUGUAGCCAGAGUGCACUGAAUGGACUUUUGAAUGAAGCAGCCUGCACAUACAUUUGGGAGAUGUACACAAACAUGAACACAAGGAGGGCAAGAUGGGCACUUGACUUAGACAGCUGCCAAUGGCCCACAAUUUUAAAAGUCAAUUUUAUACCGUUUAUGGCUGCGAGGCCCAACUUGUCUCUUUUAUUUCUAUCCAUGUCUGGAAGUGUCUGUCUAAUGUUGUUUGGGGAUGAAUACAAAAUAUACAGUGCCAGACUAAGUUCCUGAAAGACUCACCAGUGGUAAUACAAGACGAGCACAUUGUCUGUUUUCUGUCUGUGCUCUCUCUCGCUCUCACACGCUCUGUCUGUCUGUCUGUCUGUCUGUCUGUCUGUCUGUCUGUCUGUCUGUCUGUCUGUCUGUCUGUCUGUCUGUCUGUCUGUCUGUCUGUCUGUCUGUCUGUCUGUCUGUCUGUCUGUCUGUCUGUCUGUCUGUCUGUCUGUCUGUCUGUCUGUCUGUCUGUCCCAGAGGUGCGAUCAGAGGAGAGGGGGAUAUUGGAGAGGGCUGGUUAUGUUCAGAGCCUCACAGUGGGCGUGGCUCCCAUAGUCGUGGUGAUUUCCAGUGUCUGCACAUUCACGCUACACAUGGCCUUGGGUUAUGACCUCACUGCAGCCCAGGUAAGCCCCUCUGUCACUAGCUUUUAAAGAAUCAAGUGCUUUUUCAGGAAUCGAGUGCUCUUUUCUUAGCCUUUACCGGUAGCUUUUGUUAAUGUUUGUGUUUGUAUAAAAUCCAUAGAAAGCUCCCGGUAGCUUUUAAAGAGAUGGAAUUUCACCAAAUUAACUCUACUUGACCCCUCCUCCCUCUGUUGCUCCCUUCAGGCCUUCACCGUUGUUGCAGUCUUCAACUCAAUGACCUUUGCCCUCAAGGUCACGCCCUUGGCUGUAAGAGCUUUAUCAGAGGGUUCUGUGGCAGUCAACCGAUUUCAGGUAGAAGAAAUACAGAUGAGAUCGUUGUACAAAAAUUGGGAAUGAUUGUGGGACUAAGUCAACUAGCAUUCAGUCAGCAAGGACUGUUGUCAGCACAACACUUAAAAAUGGACAUAUUAAUUAAUAAUCUCCUCAUGCAAAUAUUCAAUGUCCAUCUUAUCAUAUCUGUGUCAACAGAGACUCUUUUUGAUGGAGGACCGAGAGGUUGUAAUGGCCAAAACGGACAACCCUAUGAAUUCCGUGGAGUUCCGUGACGCCACGUUGGCUUGGGAGAAGGCCAAAGCUCCCGCCAAAGCCAUCACUGUCCCCAAGAAGAAAAGAGGCGGGAUGCGACGUGUGCUGCGCAAGGAGAAACUGAGCCUGUAUAUCAUUGCAGAGGAGGGUAAGGGGAACAACGAGGGUCCCAAUGGACAAAAUCUCCUCACCCACAUGGAACAGGAGAGCCCCCAGAGCACCAUCUCCUCCACCCAGAGCUCCACCAUCCGCCCGCCGCUGCACAAGACCCUGCAUCGCAUCGAUCUGUGCAUCAAGAAGGUAAACGUCUCAUUUACAAAUAUACACUACCGUUCAAAAGUUUGGGGUCACUUAGAAAUGUCCUUGUUUUCGAAAGAAAAGCACUCCUCUCAGACUGGCCAAUAAAAAUAAAAGAUUAAGAUGGACAAACUGAGAUAAAGGCUUUUUCUUUGCAACUCUGCCUAGAAGGUCAGCAUCCCGGAGUCGCCUCUUCACUGUUGACGUUGAGACUGGUGUUUUGCGGGUACUAUUUAAUGAAGCUGCCAGUUGAGGACCUGUGAGGCGCCUGUUUCUCAAACUAGACACUCUAAUGUAUUUGUCAUCUUGCUCAGUUGUGCACUGGGGCCUCCCACUCCUCUUUCUAUUCUGGUUAGAGCCAGUUUGCGCUGUUCUGUGAAGAGAGUAGUACACAGCGUUGUACGAGAUCUUCAGUUUCUUGGCAAUUUCACGCAUGGAAUAGCCUUCAUUUCUCAGAACAAGAAUAGACUGACGAGUUUCAGAAGAAAGUUAUUUGUUUCUGGCCAUUUUGAGCCUGUAAUCGAACCCACAAUUGCUGACGCUCCAGAUACUCAACUAGUCUCAAGAAGGCCAGUUUUAUUGCUUCUUUAAUCAGCACAACCGUUUUCAGCUGUGCUAACAUAAUUGCAAAAUGGUUUUCUAAUGAUCAAUUAGCCUUUUAAAAUUAUAAACUUGGAUUAGCAAACACAACGUGCCAUUGGAACACAGGACUGAUGGUUGCUGAUAAUGGACCUCUGUACGCCUAUGUAGAUAUUCCAUAAAAAAUCAGCCGUUUCCAGCUAUAGUAGCCAUUUAUAACAUUAACAAUGUCUACACUGUAUUUCUGGUCAAUUUUAUGUUAUUUUAAUGGACAAAUAAAUUGCUUUUCUUUCGAAAGCAAGGACAUUUCUAAGUGACCCCAAACUUUUGAAUGGUAGUGUACGCAUGCACACAUGCACACGCAUGCACAAACACACACACACACACUCUAAAGGAUCGAGUCACUGGCACUGGACAGAUAAAUGGAUUAAUGGCGCCGAAGAAGAUGGCAGCCGUUUUACAGCCCUCUAACCAGUUGUACUAAUAUGUGUGUUUUUUCGUGUUAAUUUGUAAUUUAUUCUGUACAUAAUGUUUCUGCCACCGUCUCUUAUGACCAAAAAGAGUUUCUGGAUAUCAGGACAGUGAUUACUCACCUCGUAUUGGACGAAGAUUUUUUCUUCAACGAGUCGGACGCGAAGGAUAUCCUGUAGACACCCGACAAGGCCCAAAUCCCCGUCAUUCGCGUGAGAAAGAGACGGAGAUAUCGUGGACGUAGGUCGGGGUGCCUUGUAAGGAUCCGAUGGCGAGCGAGUAAACUGCCUCUUCCAUUAAUCCUAUUAGCCAAUGUUCAAUCAUUUGAAAAUAAAUAUGAUGACCUAAGAUUACGGUUAUCCUACCAACGGGACAUUAAAAACUGUAAUUUCUUAUGUUUCAUCGAGUCGUGGCUGAACGACGACAUGGAUAACAUAAAGCUGGCAGGAUAUACGCUACAUCGGCAGGAUAGAACAGCUGACUCCGGUAAGACAAUGGGUGGCAGUCUGUGUAUAUUUGUAAACAACAGCUGGUGCAUAAAAUCUAAUACUAAGGAAGUCUCGAGGUUCUGCUCGCCUGAGGUAGAGUAUCUCAUGAUAAGCUGUAGACCACACUAUUUACCAAGAGAGUUUUCAUCUAUAUUUUUCGUAGCUGUCUAUUUACCACCACAAAACCGAUGCAGGCACUAAGAUUGCACUCAAUGAGCUGUAUAAGGCUAUAAGUAAACAGGAAAACGCUCAUCCAGAGGCAGCGCUCCUAGUGGCCGGGGACUUUAAUGCAGGGAAACUUAAAUCCGUUCUACCUAAUUUCUACCAGCAUGUUAAAUGUGCAACCAGAGGGAAAAAAACUCUAGACCCCCUUUACUCCAAACACAGAAACGCGUACAAAGCUCUCCCUCGCCCUCCAUUUGGCAAAUCUGACCAUAACUCUAUCCUCCUGAUUCCUGCUUAUAAGCAAAAACUAAAGCAGGAAGCACCAGUGACUUGGUUAAUAAGCAAGUGGUCAGAUGACACAGAUGCUAAGCUACAUGACUGUUUUGCUAGCACAGACUGGAAUAUGUUCCGGGAUUCUUUUGAUAGCAUUGAGGAGUACACCACAUCAGUCACUGGCUUCAUCAAUGAGUGCAUCGAUGACGUCGUCCCCACAGUGACCGUAUGUACAUACCCCAACCAGAAGCCAUGGAUUACAGGCAACAUCCGCACUGAGCUAAAGGGUAGAGCUGCCGCUUUCAAGGAGCGGGACUCUAACCCGGACGCUUAUAAGAAAACCCGCUAUGCCCUCUGACGAACCAUCAAACAGGCAAAGAGUCAAUACAGGACUAAGAUUGAAUCGUACUACACCGGCUCUGACGCUCGUCGGAUGUGUCAGGGCUUGAAAACUAUUACAGACUACAAAAGGAAGCACAGCCACAAGCCGCCCAGUGACACAAGCCUACCAGACGAGCUAAAUCACUUCUAUGCUCGCUUCGAGGCAAGUAACACUGAAGCAUGCAUGAGAGCAUCAGCUGUUCCGGAUGACUAUGUGAUGAGCUCUCUGUAGCCGAUGUGAGUAAGACCUUUAAGCAGGUCAACAUUCACAAGGCCGCAGACAGAUUACCAGGACGUGUACUCCGAGCAUGCGCUGACCAACUGGCAAGUGUCUUCACUGACAUUUUCAACAUGUCCCUGACUGAGUCUGUAAUAGCAACAUGUUUCAAGCAGACCACCAUAGUCCCUGUGCCCAAGAACACUAAGAUUACCUGCCUAAAUGACAUUUGUCCCGUAGCACUCACGUUUGUAGCCAUGAAGUGCUUUGAAAGGCUGGUCAUGGCUCACAUCAACACCAUUAUCCCAGAAACCCUAGACCCACUCCAAUUUGCAUACCGCCCCAACAGAUCCACAGAUGAUGCAAUCUCUAUUGCACUCUACACUGCCCUUUCCCACCUGGACAAGAGGAACACCUACAUGAGAAUGCUAUUCAUUGACUACAGCUCAGCGUUCAACGCCAUAGUGCCCUCAAAGCUCAUCAAUAAGCUAAGGACCCUGGGACUAAACACCUCCCUCUGCAACUGGAUCCUGGACUUCCUGACGGGCCGCCCCCAGGUGGUAAGGGUAGGUAACAACACAUCUGCCACGCUGAUCCUCAACACAGGGGCCCCUCAGGGGUGCGUGCUCAGUCCCCUCCUGUACUCCCUGUUCACCCAUGACUGCAUGUCCAGGCACGACUCCAACACCAUCAUUAAGUUUGCCGACGACACAACAGUGAUAGGCCUGAUCACCGACAACGAUGAGACAGCCUAUAGGGAGGAGGUCAGAGACCUGGCCGUGUGGUGCCAGGAUAACAACCUCUCCCUCAAUGUGAUCAAGACAAAGGAGAUGAUUGUGGACUACAGGAAAAAAAAGAGGACUGAGCACGCCCCCAUUCUCAUCGACGGGGCUGUAGUGGAACAGGUUGAGAGCUUCAAGUUCCUUGGUGUCCACAUCACCAACAAACUAUCAUGGUCCAACACCAAGACAGUCAUGAAGAGGGCACGAUAAAGAUUUGGCAUGGGUCCUCAGAUCCUCAAAAAGUUAUACAGCUGCACCAUCGAGAGCACCUGACUGGUUUCAUCACUGCCUGGUAUGUCAACUGCUCGGCCUCUGACCGCAAGGCACUACAGAGGGUAGUGCGUACGGCCCAGUACAUCACUGGGGCCAAGCUUCCUGCCAUCCAGGACCUCUAUACCAGGCGGUGUCAGAGGAAGGCCCUCAAAAUUGUCAAAGACUCCAGCCACCCUAGUCAUAGACUGUUCUCUCUGCUACCGCACGGCAAGCGGUACCGGAGCGCCAAGUCUAGGUCCAAAAGGCAUCUUGACAGCUUCUACCCCCAAGCCAUAAGACUCCUGAACAGCUAAUCAUGGCUACCCGGACUAUUUGCAUUGCCCCCCCCCCCCCCCCCCCCCAACCCACUCUUUUACGCUGCUGCUACUCUAUUUAUUAUUAUUUAUGCAUAGUCACUUUAACGCCACCCACAUGUACAUAUUACUUCAAUUACCUCGACUAACUGGUGCCCCCGCACAUUGACUCUGUACCGGUACCCCCUGUAUAUAACCUCCCUACUGUUAUUUUAUUUUACUGCUGCUCUUUAAUUAUUUGCUAUUUGUAUUUUUUUCUUAAACUGCAUUGUUAGUUAAGGGCUUGUAAGUAAGCAUUUCACUGUAAUGUCUACACCUGUUGUAUUCGGCGCAUGUGGCAAAUAAAAUUUGAUUUGAUUUGAGCCUACAGGCACUUUCAAUUAUAGUAGUGCAAUUCAUGAAAAAUGAGAAUGGCUGAAAGAAUAGACAAUUAGAGAGAGUCAAGGUUGUACCACAACACUGAGUGCAUUUCAAGUACAAAUCCAUACUAAUACAUCACUGGUAUCAUUCUGAUCUGCAGGGGACGCUGGUAGGAAUCUGUGGAGGUGUGGGGAGCGGAAAGAGCUCGCUUCUGUCCGCUCUACUGGGACAGGUGAGGAUCUAGAUCAUUGGCCUUCAAAUAUCACCAGUUUACUGAGGUGUGUUUGAAUAAGCCUGAAAUUUGCACUUUUGGGACUAUUCCAUUGGUUCCAUUGUACUGGGCAAAUGAAGUCAAACGCAGCUCAAGUAUUUCCCUCUAGUGAAAGCAUUUGACUUUUGGCCCAGGUCAGCUUUACCUCUAGUAUGUUUUAACAUUAGUCUUAUCCCUGGUGUUCAACAGAUGACCCUGCUGGAGGGCAACGUGGCGGCCAGUGGCGGCUUUGCCUAUGUAGCUCAACAGGCCUGGAUCCUCAACGACUCACUGAGAGAGAACAUCCUGUUCGGAAAAGAAUACGAUGAAGACAAGUAAGAUUGAUUGACAACUCAGACAAUUCUGAGGGAUAAUAGUGCUGGAUUUAGCUAGAUGGCUCAUUUUCAUCUGUAGUCCAUGACAAACCACAUUUGGAUGUCAUAGUUUGAUAGUUUCACAUUGACAAGGUCCAAAGGCAUUUCUAACUCAUGGCUUACUAAUUUCUCUGGACCAUGACUGUGUUUCCCUCUCAUGUUAACCCAUGUCCUUGGCUGUGUUUCCUUAUUAGGUAUAAUUCUGUGCUCGAUGCCUGCUGCUUGACCCCUGAUCUGACAGAGCUGCCCUAUGGGGAUAUGACUGAGGUAUGUAUCAGACCUCUAUUACAUCUCUCUGUUGGAUAUCCUCUCAAUAUGAACUCUGGCCACACUGUACAAUACAUUGACCUUACAGUAUACGAAAGUAGCAGAAAGUGGAAUAACUAUGUAACAGGCUAGUAAGUAGUACAUGCAUUUAUAGAUGGAAUGCUUUGGGGUGCACUGUAGUAUUAUUAAUUAUUAAGUGUUAUGUAACUAUCUUGAUGUCCUUAUCUUAUCUGGCCUAUGAUGCCCUUGUAUUGAGAUAUAUUCCUUGAUACAUUUAGUCAACAUUGUCUCAAUGUUCUCACUCUAGAUAGGGGAGAGGGGUGCCAACCUGAGUGGCGGGCAACGCCAGCGGGUGAGCCUGGCACGUGCCCUGUACAGCGAGCGACCCAUCCUGCUCUUAGAUGACCCUCUUAGUGCUGUGGACGCCCACGUGGGCUCUCAGCUCUUCCACAACGCCAUCCGCACAGUGUCCAAGGGCAAGACCAUCAUCUUUGUCACACACCAGCUUCAGGUAAAAUGAGCUUCUGAUUAUCUGAAUGAUGUGAGAUACAAAACGAUUUGCAGCAAAUAAGUGACUUGUGUACUAUGACGAAAUGAUCGGAAAUGGUUUUCUUACUCCUGUACAAUGCAUUCAUGAUCUGAAAUGGAAUGCUUAAUCUGAAAAGGACUACUAGUGAAAGGAAAUUAGAGAAACCCUAUCUAGGCUUUGCUUUCUCCUAUAUAGAUACAGUAGGUCAGUGAUCAUUGUGCAACUUGAGCUUUCACACAAAUCUCUCAUUGACAUGAAUGUAUAAUGUCUAAGUUAAGGAUGUCAAGAAUUUGGCCCGAAUAGAUAAAGCAGAGGAAAGGGAGCCAUAUCGAAAUAUAGAGGAGCAUACUAUAUCCCAGGAUCCUGCAUCAGGAGAAUCACAUAUAUCACUGGUGUUGACCCUCUCUCAGUACCUGGCAGAGUGUGACGACGUGAUUCUGAUGAAGGACGGGCAGAUUGCAGAGCAUGGCACCCACACCCAGCUCAUGGGCAGAGACCGUGACUACGCCACCCUCUUAAACAGUGUACAGCGUGAGGUAAUGCCAACUACGGAGCGCAUGCCUGGUCACAUAUGUGUUUGUGCUGUUUUACUUUAGCCUGGUCCAAGAUCUGUUUAUGCUGUCUUGCAAACAGAUCUGGGACCAGGCUAGUCUUGCCAACUUCUAUGGUCAUUGUCAUGCAUUGGCAUGAGUUGACAAGACAGCACAAACUGAUCUGGGACCAGGCUAGUCCAGCUCCAGCUCUCCUUUAUGUAAAAACACCUUUGUCAUCACUCUUUACACAAUAACAUUGCACGUCCAUCCUGCAUAAUUCAUGAGGCAGGAGAAGCCAAGCGGGUGGCUGGAAAAUGAUAGCGCAUACAAGGCCUUUCAUUAUUUAUGCGUGCAUUGAUUUACCGGUGUCGCACCGCUAAAGACCCUGUCACCAAUAUCUGUUUAAAUUACUUACUGGCCAUUGUUAUGGCUUGGCCGUAAUUUGUGGGGUCUUAUGCUGUAGCUUUCUCUGGCUUUCUUUCCUAGAACCUGGUGAAAAAGAACCUGAAGAAUAAGGAGAAGAAGGAGGGAGAGGAAAAGGUUGAGUCCACCGCGACUGUAGCCAAAGUCGUCAGACCUCCGAUGGAGAAAAAGAAAGGUGGAUAGAAUGUGUUAAUGUGUUCCUUCCAAAACAGUUGGCUUGAAAUAAGGAAAUGAUUCACAUGGGUCUUUUUUUCUUUUUUUCUUUUUUUUAACCAAACUUCCGCCCUUCUUUCCUUCUCUUUACUCUCCAGACCAGCUCAUGAAAGCGGAGGAGAAGGGCUCUGGCGGCGUGGCCUGGGAUGUGUACAAGGCCUACAUCAAAGCGGCUGGAGGCCCUUAUGCCUUCAUCAUCAACGUCAUCCUCUUCCUCUUCACCACCGGCAGCAUCGCCUUCAGUAACUGGUGGCUGAGCUACUGGAUCCGCCAGGGCAGCGGGGUGAGUUUGGUUUUUCUGCACUGGAUUCAAAUGAUGAUCCACUCGAUCAAAAUGAUGGCCUUACACACAGACACACAACUAGGAUCAGAUUACCAUACGGAUAAUCCUUAUUAGAAUCAUUAGAAUGAAAAUAAUAUGACCUUGUAUCAGUGGGAAAGGGCAACUUCUGCCUACCUUGAGAGGUAUAUCUCAGUAUAGUGUAGAGGCUAUGUCUCCCACAAGAAAAACGACUUCUGCGCAUUGCUGAGUUGUAUUGGGGAAAGUGAGAGCGUUAAUCUCAACACGUGUAAUUAAAAAAGAAACGUGGUAAACAUACUGUACCAGUCAAAAGUUUGGACAGACACACCUACUCAUUCAAGGGUUUUUCUUUAUUUUUACUAUUUUCUACAUUGUAGAAUAAUAGUGAAGAAAUCAAAACUAUGAAAUAACACAUAUGUAAUCAUGUAGUAACCAAAAAAGUGUGAAACAAAUCAAAAUAUAUUUUAUAUUUAUUAUUCUUCAAAGUAAUCACCCUUUGCGUUGAUGACAGCUUUGAACACUCCUGGCAUUCUCUCAACCAGCUUCACCUGGAAUGCUUUUCCAACAGUCUUGAAGGAGUUCCCACUAAUGCUGAGCACUUGUUGGCUGCUUUUCCUUCACAACUCAUCCCAAACCAUCUCAAUUGGGUUGAGGUCAGGUGAUUGAUGCAGCACUCCAUCACUCUCCUUCUUGGUCAAAUAGCCCUUACACAGCCUGGAGGUGUGUUGGGUCAUUGUCCUGUUGAAAAACAAAUGAUAGUCCCACUAAGCGCAAACCAGAUGGGAUGGCGUAUCGCUGCAGAAUGCUGUGGUAGCCAUGCUGGUUAAGUGUGCCUUGAAUUCUAAAUAAUUCACUGACAGUGUCACCAGCAAAGCACCCCCACAUCAUCACACCUCCUCCUCCAUGCUUCACGGUGGGAACCACACAUGCGGAGAUCAUCUGUUUACCUACUCUGCGUCUCACAAAGACACGGUGGUUGGUACCAGAAAUCUCUAAUUUGGACUCAUCAGAGUAAAGGACAGAUUUCCACCGGUCUAAUGUCCAUUGCUCGUGUUUCUUGGCCCAAACAAGUCUCUUCUUAUUAUUGGUGUCCUUUAGAAAGUGGUUUCUUUGCAGCAAUUCGACCAUGAAGACCUGGUUCACGCAGUCUCCUCUGAACAGUUGGAGACUGAGAUGUGUCUGUUACAUGAACUCUGUGAAGCAUUUAUUUAGGCUGCAAUUUCUGAGGCUGGUAACUCUAAUGAACUUAUCCUCUGCAGCAGAGGUAACUCUGGGUCUUCCUUUCCUAUGGUGGUCCUCAUGAGAGCCAGUUUAUCAUAGCGCUUGAUGGUUUUUGCGUCUGCACUUGAAGAAACUUGCAAAGUUCUUGAAAUUUUCCGGAUUGACUGACCUUCAUGUCUUAAAGUAAUGAUGGACUGUCGUUUCUCUUUGCUUAUUUGAGCUGUUCUUGACAUAAUAUGGACUUGGUUUUUUACCAAAUAGGGCUAUCUUCUGAAUACCACACCUACCUUGUCACAACACAACUGAUUGGCUCAAACACAUUAAGAAGGAAAGAAAUUCCACAAAUAAACUUUUAACAAGGCACACCUGUUAAUUGAAAUGCAUUCCAGGUGACUACCUCAUGAAGCUGGUUGAGAGAAUGCCAAGAGUGUACAAUGCUGACAUCAAGGCAAAGGGUGGCUACUUUGAAGAAUCUCACAUUUUGAUUGGUUACUACAUGAUUCCAUAUGUGUUAUUUCAUCGUUUUGAUGUCUUCACUAUUAAUCUACAAUGUAGAAAAUAGUAAAAAUAAAGAAAAACCCUGGAAUGAGUAGGUGUGUCCAAACUUUUGACUGGUUCUGUAAUUAAAAAAAGGACGAGCCGCCGAAAAACAGAUGUGCUGCAAAGCUGUCGUCCAUGUCAGAUUGAAGGAUGCAUUUGGAAUAGCGACAUUAUCCGAAUGGCUGAUUCGUUCAUGUAUUCUGUCUCGGAUUCAGCACUCAGCUGGCUUUGUUUUAUUUAUUUCAGUCAUUAGAUAGAAAUUCUGUUUUUUCCGAGGCGGCUCUGUGUGUGUUUCCUUCAUGGGGAUUUGUUGCUCCAUCUGCUCUCAGAACACAUCAUUAAUCCUGGAGAACGAAACCAAUGAAACGGUGGCAGCGUUGGCAAACGAUAGCAUGAGGCUCAACCCUCAUGUUCAAUACUACUCAAGAGUUUAUGUGCUGUCCAUGGGGGCCGCUCUCUUCCUGAAGACAAUGAGGGGGCUAGUGUUCGUCAAGGUAAGCAUCUUGCUCAAAUGUCUUUUAGAGUGGUUAUUGUGGAUUGUUCUCCCAUCUUGAUGUCAGGACCAUUCAUUGAUGUACUCUCUGGCCUGUCAAAGGAGAGUGCAUCACUGUUGCUUCCCAAAUGGCACCCUAUUCCCUGUAUAGUGCACUACUUUUGACAAAAGCUCAUACGGUACCAUUUGGGACAUAAUCAGAUUUUCAUUGAUUUACACUCAGGCCCUUUCAAAGGAAAGAGGUGCAAAGUGGUUGUGGUAGAACCUUGACUCCCUCUAAUUGUCUAUUCUUUCAGCCGUUCUCUUUUUCAUGAGUUGUGCUACUAUAAUUUAAGUGCCUGCAGGCUAAAUCCAUUAUCUGUCCAGUGCCAUGACUCGCUGCUUUAAAGGGUGUGUGUGUGUGUGUGUGCCUCUGUGUGUCCCUGUCCCUUUGGAUAUAUGUCCCCUUUUCUUUGCUAAACUUUUCUGACAGCCCAUUACAGAGGUCAUAUCCCCAUGGAAUUGUGUGCCACUAACUUUCCAAAGAUAGCUAAUCUUAGUUUUUUACCCCUAGCUGUGACGUGAAUGUGUUGGUGUUGGAUAUUCCAUUAAUAGAUUUAGUGUGUUCUCUCCUGCCAAAAGUAAUUUCUGUACAAUUGGCCAGACGUUUCUCAUUGAGUUAACUUAGACAUGGGGUCGUAACCUUUCUGUGUCAGCCUGCCAGACAUUCAUUUAUGUAUGAGAAUUUGACAGAUUGCCUGACACAAGAAACAUUCCACUUGCUUAACAGCACAGUGACCAGGCCCGGUGCCAGAAUAAAGUGACUAAGGGGGCAGUUAAAAUCAACGAGGGAGAAACAUUUUCUGGGGUUCUUGCAUUUGAAUUCAAUUGAAUUCUGCUUAUCACACUAUACCACAAUAAACAUAAAGUUCAAAUGCAGAGACUCUAAGACCGUUGAGUGCUUUUGAAGUGACAGGUUGGCGCGAAAUCUGUAGGUUAUCUAAUUCACCUAUUACAAACAGCCAAUGUGAAUGCAGCCCUACACAGCUGUCUUACCAAAAUAAUGCAAACUAAAUGCUGAAAGUAGUAGCCUAGUUAUUUAUGCAUGCAAACAAAAAUACUGAAUAGCAGUUUGGCUUAGAAUACCGACAACUGCGAAUGCGAACAAAUUAAGGCCAACAGAACAAAACAGCGGUACCAAGUAGGCCUAGUAAACCAAAUAUCAGCUCGAUAAAGGCAUGACACAAUCUAUAUUUAGGUUAGUUACAUUAACAGUAAACAAACGCAGUAAACAAAAGGCGAAUGUAGAUCCAAAUAACCAAAGCAAAGCCUACUACUACAGUGAGAUGCAGCCAUGCACUGCUGUCUUACCAAAUAAAUAGGCCUAUAGGCCUGCCUCUAACAUGGAAAAUCAUGGCGCUCAUGAGUUCAGCAACACGUUGUGAUAUGGCACAAUACACUUCUGUGGAUCAAAUUUGACCCACGCAAUCAAUUAAGCAAUGCCAGCCUACCAUAAACACGUUUUCCAAUACGUACAGUUCCACUUACAACCACGAAAACCAAUAGGCUACCAAGAGAACCAUAAUGAUGAAAUGCACCAAUAUGUAGCUAUACCCAGGGGCGUCAUUUGGGUUCUUGCAUUUUAAUUAUAUUAAAUUAUGCUUCUAUCAUGCUAUACUAGGGCUGUUGCGGUGACCGUAUUACCGCCACACCGGCAGUCAUGAGUCAUGACCGCAGUAAAAUUCCACGGGAUCGUUGAGUCAUGGUAAUCUCCUGUAAUGCACUCUGGACAUGCUUUGGUAGUACCCAACUUGCUAACGACCAUCAGGUCCUAAUGGCCUGGUUCACUAAUGGCAUGGUCCACUCUGACAUCAAUGCAAAUUUACAUUUACAUCAUUUAGCAGACACUCUUAUCCAGAGCGACUUACAAAUUGGUGCAUUCAACUUAUGAUAGCAAGUGGGACAACCACUUUUUUUCUUCUUUUUUUUAUGGGGAGGGGGGGGUAGAAGGAUUACUUUAUACUAUUCCAGGUAUUCCUUAAAGAGGUAGGGUUUCAAGUGUCUCCGGAAGGUGGUCAGUGACUCCGCUGUCCUGGCGUCAUGGGGGAGCUUGUUCCACCAUUGGGGUGCCAAAGCAGCAAAUAGCUUUCACUGGGCUGAGCGGGAACUGUGCUUCUGUAGAGGUAGGGGAGCUAGCAGGCCAGAGGUGGAUGAACGUAGUGCCCUCGUUUGGGUGUAGGGUCUGAUCAGAGCCUGAAGGUAAGGAGGUGCCGUUCCCCUCACAGCUCCGUAGGCAAGCACCAUGGUCUUGUAGUAGAUGCUAUCCUCAACUGGAUGCCAGUGGAGUGUGCGGAGGAGCGGGGUGACAUGAGAGAACUUGGGAAAAUGCAAUCGAAAAUCACAUCAAACGCUUAUCAGAACAAUAUCAUGCUUUUAAAACUCAGCUCACUAUGAUGAUCAAUUUGAAGAAAGAAGUGUAAAACAUGGUCGUUGUGGAUGUUAUUUCAAAGCGUAACACAACGAAAUGGACAGCGCUUUCUAAGGUGAUGAUUAGAUCUUCAAUAGCUUAGUAUUGGGGAAUGUUUUAUAUUUUCAUAAUUAAUUGGGUGACACAAUUACCUUGAGCUAUACAGAAUAUCUCACCUCCAUCCUUUUCCAUCUCCUCCUCUCAAUCCUUUAUUCCUUCCUCGAGUGCGCAGAGGGGCUGCCAACAGUUUAGUGAAAUAUGUUUUGUUGCGAAAACAUGUUUCUAUUGAUGUUCCCAAACAGAUUUCACUUUGUUUCCCAAAUUAAGCACUGGGUAGCUGCAGGAACAGGGUUGGAGAGCCCAUGGCAAACAGAGUUGGGGCGGAAUAUCACCAGUCGCGCAGCGAGAGCAUGCUCCUCAAACAGUGGUUGAUGCGUGGAGUGAACUAAGUGUUCUUAUAUUUAUUUCUCAGCUGCUCAUAUUAAGCACAUGCUCCGCUAUAAAACCGAUGUAGCCUACGCAGCAUCAUUGGAAAAUGGACCGGCGGGAAAGCGUGUGGCCUCCAUUCGCUGUUUGAGUGCAUACGAUUGAUGUAUUUUUUCCCCUGCCCCUGUUCCUGCCCAUUUGAUAAUGAGCCAUUCUAAAUCUAAACUAAUUGUACAUAUUAAUAAAGAUUAAAUAGAGAAUAUUCUGAUGGGUGAAAAUUUGAUCACUUGACGAGAGAACAGCUGUGCAGCCUGAGGGAACAAACAGAGCGCAAGCUUAUUUUUUUGACUUUCUCAAAUCAAUAGCCUAUAGCCGCAUCAUGCAGCCCAUAUAUGUUUUGAUUUCUAAGACAUUCUAAGGUUUGUAUCAUUCACAACUAAAGUUGACAAAUAGCUCUUGUGUAUACGACCUGUUUCAAAUGAUCACUUUUACGCUCAACAUAGGCACUUCGUAUGCGCACUUUCUCCGGAAUGGGAAAAAUAUAUUUUCUAUUUUAUUCAAUUAUAUUCUUCUUACUAUAAUAUAAUAUAAAAUAAUGGCAUGGGACUUAUAAGCAUAUCUUGUCAGCACCAUGGACAGUGCCCUACACACUAAAGCAAGGCUGUUGAAAACCUAUAGGCCGGCUAAGGAAGUCAUUUUGCCAUCCCAUACCCUAGGUUUUUGCUGAAAUGAUGCCACUGGCUAUACCCCCAAGAUUUUGAUAAAAAACCAACCAGCUCGAUUUUCUUACCUUUUCAAAAGAGUUGCAGCCUCCUUGAUGCUCUGUGGAACUUCCUGCAUAAUCGAUCAUAAUAUUCUACCCGAAAUCUUAUUGUAAGAUCCCUCUCAAAUGCCAGUUGGAUUAGUUGAGCGUUCCUCGGGUGUAGCAUGCUUCUUCUGUGGUUAAGUGCACAUAGAGCCUCCAUCAGUUGGCUGUUGCGUUUGCUGAAUUGUGCUGACGUUUCACCAAUGACAGCAUCCAAGAACAAUAUUUUACACUCUGUCCUGCUGGCCUACUGUACUGUGCACCACGUAUUGCUAGAGAUUUGUGCUUACAUAACGUUGUCCUAAUUGCUUGAAGCUGGUGGUGUGUCAGUGCACUGAACUGUGCCCAAAUGGCUUCGAACUCGCUGUCACACCUCAGCUUCUCGACACACUCCAACGCGCUGUGGACCACUUUGACUCCAGUGGAAAGAUCCGUUGCUUUUGCCUGGGGUCAUUUGUUUCGAGGAUCGAGAAGACUGAGGAUUCUGUGCAACAUGGUGGCUGUAAACUUAAAGCCAUGGUCCGUCACCGCCUUCAGCAGCUCUGUAGCCUCAAGUCUUACUUCUGUGUUGUACGGACGCAUGCAUUCGAUGUCAGAGAGGAACUUCACAAUGCUGUCAAACUUUUAAUAACCACUGACACAGUAGCCAGGUGUCCCCUUCUCCUUUGGCUUUGUUUGGGUACCGACAGUGACUACUAAUAGCGAUGUGUCCCUAUUAGUAGUCACUGUCGGUUAGCUAGCAUUAGCAACAUAGCAUAUGUGUUAUAUGAGUGUUAGUAUGUGUACAUAGCUGUGUAUGCUGGCAAUGAUUCUCUAGGCUCUACUGGUAUUAUGUUUGCAUUUGUUGCAUCUGGGUGUUUGGGAAAGCUUUCCUGAGUCCCUACAAUCUGUUUACCGGUGUUAUGACUGUUUUGAUGUAUUUGUUAUGUUUGCUUGUGUUAUGUUUGGCUCCGUGUUCAAGCACAUCUGUGUUUCUGUCUGACAGUGCACUGUUCGGGCUGCCUCGGUGCUCCACGACAAGCUAUUCCGCCGCCUCCUCCUGAGCCCCAUGCGCUUCUUUGACACGACACCGCUGGGCCGCAUCCUCAACCGCUUCUCCCGCGACAUGGACGAGGGUGAGGCACCCGAUGAUUUGCCUUGACUUCAUACUCAGAGCAUUGAGGUCCCCAUACAACGCGGACAAUCUGACAGUUGUUGUUUUAUCUCUCUCUCUGUUGAUCUCUUUGUCUAUCUCUCUCUCCCUCUCCAUCCACAGUGGAUGUCCGUCUGGCCAUGCAGGCUGAGAUGCUGCUCCAGAACCUGACCCUGGUGCUCUUCUGCCUGGCCAUGGUGGGCAUCGUAUUCCCCUGGUUCCUGCUCUCCCUCCUGCCCCUGGGAGCCUUCCUCCUCAUUGUCAACCGCGUCUCCAGGUCAGGCUCCAACCAAUGGAUUUAGACGAGAGGGAUUAUGUUGGCUGUGUGUGUGUGUGUGUGUGUGUGCUGAUUAAAAUAUAAGAAGUGUAGAGAUGGAUUAGGGUUCUGUAGGUCUUUGGGUAAUAUACAAAAUCAGUGGGACAAGAAGCAUGUUUGAUUCACAAGAUAUAAAAAGUGCAGCUUUUUUUUGCAACACCCACACAAAAAGGUAGGAUUUCCCCUGUACAGUGAGGGAAAAAAGUAUUUGAUCCCCUGCUGAUUUUGUACGUUUGCCCACUAACAAAGAAAUGAUCAGUCUAUAAUUUUAAUGGUAGGUUUAUUUGAACAGUGAGAGACAGAAUAACAACAAAAUAAUCCAGAAAAACGCAUGUCAAAAAUGUUAUAAAUUGAUUUGCAUUUUAAUGCGAGAAAUAAGUAUUUGACCCCCUUUCAAUUAGAAAGAUUUCUGGCUCCCAUGUGUCUUUUAUACAGGUAACGAGCUGAGAUUAGGAGCGCACUCUUAAAGGGAGUGCUCCUAAUCUCAGCUUGUUACCUGUAUAAAAGACACCUGUCCACAGAAGCAAUCAAUCAAUCAGAUUCCAAACUCUCCACCAUGGCCAAGACCAAAUAGCUGUCCAAGGAUGUCAGGGACAAGAUUAUAGACCUACACAAGGCUGGAAUGGGCUACAAGACCAUCGCCGAGCAGCUUGGUGAGAAGGUGACAACAGUUGGUGCGAUUAUUCGCAAAUGGAAGAAACACAUAAGAACUGUCAAUCUCCCUCGGCCUGCGGCUCCAUGCAAAAUCUCACCUCGUGGAGUUGCAAUGAUCAUGAGAACGGUGAGGAAUCAGCCCAGAAGUACACGGGAGGAUCUUGUCAAUGAUCUCAAGGCAGCUGGGACCAUAGUCACCAAGAAAACAAUUGGUAACACACUACGCCGUGAAGGACUGAAAUCCUGGAGCGCCGGAGGUCCCCCUGCUCAAGAAAGCACAUAUACAGGCCCGUCUGAAGUUUGCCAAUGAACAUCUGAAUGAUUCAGAGGAGAACUGGGUGAAAGUGUUGUGGUCAGAUGAGACCAAAAUGGAGCUCUUUGGCAUCAACUCAACUCGCCGUGUUUGGAGGAGGAGGAAUGCUGCCUAUGACCCCAAGAACACCAUCCCCACCGUCAAACAUGGAGGUGGAAACAUUAUGCUUUGGGGGUGUUUUUCUGCUAAGGGGACAGGACAACUUCACCGCAUCAAAGGGACGAUGGACGCCGCCAUGCACCAUCAAAUCUUGGGUGAGAACCUCCUUCCCUCAGCCAGGGCAUUGAAAAUGGGUCGUGGAUGUGUAUUCCAGCAUGACAAUGGCCCAAAACACACAGCCAAGGCAACAAAGGAGUGGCUCAAGAAGAAGCACAUUAAGGUCCUGGAGUGGCCUAGCCAGUCUCCAGACCUUAAUCCCAUAGAAAAUCUGUGGAGGUAGCUGAAGGUUUGAGUUGCCAAAAGUCAGGCUCGAAACCUUAAUGACUUGGAGAAGAUCUGCAAAGAGGAGUGGAACAAAAAUCCCUCCUGAGAUCUGUGCAAACUGGUGGCCAACUACAAGAAACGUCUGACCUCUGUGAUUGCCAACAAGGGUUUGCCACCCCAAGUUCUAAGUCAUGUUUUGCAGAGGGGUCAAAUACUUAUUUCCCUCAUUAAAAUGCAAAUCAAUUUAUAUAACAUUUUUGACAUGCGUUUUUCUGGAUUAUUUUGUUGUUAUUCUGUCUCUCACUGUUCAAAUAAACCUACCAUUAAAAUUAUAGACUGAUCAUUUCUUUGUCAGUGGGCAAACGUACAAAAUCAGCAGGGGAUCAAAUACUUUUUUACCUCACUGUAUAUGUUUUAUGGGUCACGUCUAGCCUCCUACCCCCACAAUGCAUGAUGAAGUAAAUGUGAUGAAAUGGCGUGCCAAGUCACAACUCAGUGACUUUUCGAGAUUUGUUAUUCAGCAUGACUCAUCUGAAUCGCAUCAAACCGAUUUCCUCAUUUAAAAGCAAACCCAAAAGGCACCCUAUUCCCUAUAUAGUGCAUUACCUAUGACCAAGGCCCGCACUAAAUAGGGAAUAGAGUGCCAUUUGCGACACAUCUCCUUUGUUGAUGUGGUUUACUUUGCCAGUUGACAUCGAUAGAUGAAAGUACCAACUGCAUAAACAUGUUUGUGUAGGUAACCUCACAACAAGGACUGUCAUGUUCUUUCAUGCUCUGUCCUCCCUCCCUGCCUGCCUCCCACCCUCCGCUUUAUGAGAAAAAGGGAUGAUUUAUUCGUGGUCAGAUUUGUUAUUCACAUGCGCAGCCCAUCCUAUCUAUGGACCUAAAAGUAGAACUCCACCCCACCUUUGUCAAUAAACCCCUCUCUCUCACUUCCCUGCCGACUCAGUCUGGUGUAGUCCGGUCGUGGUAGUGUGGGUGUGUGGCUCAUAAAAUCGCACAUAAAUCAGAAAUUAUUCUAGCGGAGCCCAGAAAUGGCGCGAGCUGUGCCAGGAAAUGGUUGUCCUGGGCAGAAUUACACUGACUCCCUGUGUCCUCUCAUCAUAUCAUAGUCCACUAACCUGUCAGAUAACUGCACUGUCAUUGGAGUUAUAAUGCAGUGUUUCUCAAUCCUCUCCUCAAGCACCAUCCCUAGAUAUUUCACAAGGCUGUUGUAGGAAAAAGGGUGUUUCAUGCUCAAACAACAAUGUUGCUGGCUGGGGGUCACAGAGUCACAGAAGGGUCACAGAGUAGAGGUUUUAGAAAUGCUGAGUGAAUUGACUUUUUUUACAAUCCCUAAAGUGGUGCUCUGGUACGUUUAUAUGUAAUAGACUUGACGUUCCACUUUCUGUUUUUCUGACUAGGGUUCUGAUUCGUGAGCUGAAGCGUCUAGAGAACAUCAGCCAAUCACCUUUCACUUCGCACAUCACCAGCAGUCUCCAGGGGCUGUCCACCAUUCACGCCUACGGCAGAGGGGACGACUUCUUGAACAGGUGAGAACAGAAUGGGAAAGACAAAAUAUUUAAGUGCCUUUGAACGGGGUAUGGUAGUAGGUGGACCGGUGUGUGUCAAGAACUGCAACACUUUUUAUUUUACCUUUAUUUAACUACGCAAGUCAGUUAAGAACAAAUUCUUAUUUACAAUGAUGGCCAGGGUCAACGCUGGGCCAAUUGUGCGCCGCCCUAUGGGACUCCCAAUCACGGCCGGGUUGUGAUACAGCCUGGAAUCGAACCAGGGUCUGUAGUGACGCCUCUAGCACUGAGAUGCAGUGCCUUAGACCGCUGCGCCACUCGGGAACACUGCUGGGGUUUUCACGCUCAACAGUUUCCUGUGUGUAGAGAAUGGUCCACCACCCACGGAACAUCCAGCCAACUUGACACAACUGUAGGAAGAAUUGGAGUCAACAUGUGCCAUCAUCCUUUGCUUUCGACACCUUGUAGAGUCCAUGCUCCGACGAAUUAAAGCUGUUCUGAGGGCAACUCAAUAUGAGGAAGGUGUUCCUAAUGUUUUGUAAACUCAGUGUAUAGUGUUCAUAGGUAGACACUUCCUUUGUCUGUCACAGGACGUGUGUUCAAACACUGUUAAGACAUUGGUUUUGACAGUUCAUGUCCAAUUAGCUUCGCCCACCAGAAGUCUACCAAAUGGCACAACUAAUAAUGAGAUAAUGUCCCUAAGUAACAUUUCCUGGAGUUUGAGUUGAGUAGCAUUUGAUUUCUGCAGAGCUAAUGUGGACACUGUGCAGCCUCUAUCGUACGAGUUGGUUAGGGAAGCCAGUCUCACAUUGAAACCCAUGUGUGCCAGGCAGGCUUAUAGGUGAGGAGAGUAGAAUCCUGGCUAGCACAGCACAUAUGUCCAGUUUACCAGCCCCUUAAAGGGAUACUUUGGGAUUUUGGCAAUGAGGCCCUUUAUCUACUUCCCCAAAGUCAGAUGAACUCGUGGAUACCAUUUUAAGUCUGCAUGCAGUUUGAAGGAAGUUGCUCGCAAUGACGCUAGUUAGCAUUGGCUCGCGAAACUACCUCUAACUUCCUUCAUACUGGACUCAGAGACAUAAAAAUGAUCAUUGCCAAAAUUCCCGAAGUAUCCCUUUAAUGUAUGUGUCCUUGGUUCAACAUGUUUGGCCUGGACUCCCUCGACUCUCACCAAGUCCCUUGUUAUUGGUCCUUAGACUCUCACCAAGGCUGCUAUUUGUCCAUUGACUCUGACUAAGUCUGUUAUUGGUUUGUUGACUUUUACCAAGUCUAUCUUAUUGGCUGUUGACUUCCACAAAGUCUGUUAUAAGUCCGUUGACUUUCACUAACCGUUGUUAGUGGUCUAUCGCUGUGUAUCUCAGGUACCAGGCUUUACUGGACACCAACCAGGCCUCCCACUACCUGUUUAGCUGUGCUAUGCGCUGGCUGGCUGUACGACUGGACCUGAUCAGCAUUACUCUCAUCACCACUGUAGCCCUGCUCAUCGUUUUCAUGCACAACCAGAUCCCCCCAGCCUACGCAGGCUUGGCUAUAUCCUACGCCGUGCAGGUACACAUACACACACACAAUGUUAGAGUGUAUUUUUGCUAUGGUUGAAUUAUUUAGACUGCCCCUUUAAUGGAAAGGCUUUUUUAUGUAUUAUUUAUAAUUCCACUGUGGGAUUACUACAGGCGUGGGAAGGAGUUCACUCUUAGGGAACUAUGAAUCUAAAUUGAUUGAGCCGAAUGGAGAAGUAUAGCCUUAUCAGCAUACCUGUCUAUAGGGGUCGUAAAGGUUUAUGGUUUGUGCUGCUCAUUCAUAGGGUAUCAUUGCACACUGGGACGGACACUAGUGUUGACAUGGGUCUAGGUUGAUUGUAAUAGGGUGUGAGGGUGUUAAUCAUUGACUUAUCGCUUCUCUCGCUCUCUUCUCUAUCUCCCUCUCCGUCUCUCUCCUCUCCAGCUGACUGGUCUUUUUCAGUUCACCGUGAGGCUGCUGUCGGAGACUGAGGCUCGCUUCACAUCAGUGGAGAGGAUCAAUCAUUAUAUAAAGGUAGGUAGGCCUAAUGACACCAGGGAGUGCUGCAAACAGUCUGGGGAAGGGUUGCUGAUUGGCUGAACCAUGUGUGGCUGAAUCGAAAGUACACACAUGCUGAGCCUGACACAAACAAACACACACCUAUAGACUUAACGCAGCAGGACACAGGCACAGAUGAAGCAACAACACACACACUUACACAGAGAUAGGAUACUCGCAAGCAGGCACACGCACAAUACACAUUACUGCGCACAGUGCACCCACACAACAUCCCAAUAACACAAUGACAUCCCAGCAGGAAGCCGAUACAGAACCCAGUGUGUGGCCCGUUACAUCACAGCACAUGACAGGACCUGUUUCACACAACACCCAUCAAACCAUAAACACCCCCGUUCCCACGGGGGGCCAGUAUGAAAAAUGUAUGCACUCACUAACUGUAAGUCACUCUGGAUAAGAGCGUCUGCUAAAUGACUAAAAUGUAAAAUAUCAGAGGAACUCUGAUAGAGGAACUUUUUCUCAAAGCGCCAACAAGCUUUUGGAGAUCUAUAAAUACAUUUUAUGUUGAAAGGGAGGUGGCUUCACUUCUUGGGAUUGGAGAUACAGAGAUUAACACUCGAUAUUGGAUACAUUUUUUCUGUCAGACCUUGGAGGGUGAAGCGCCGAGGCAGAUCAGUGGGCCAUCCUCUCCUGCCCCCUGCUGGCCAGAUAAGGGACGGAUCUCCUUCCAGGACGUGGAGAUGUGUUACCGGGACGACCUGCCGAUGGUGCUCAAGAAACUCUCCUUUAACAUCCUGCCAGAGGAGACCAUCGGAAUUGUGGGUCGCACUGGUUCAGGUACUUACCGUCCUUUAUUCCCAUGUGUAGUUUUACAUCGGUAAUGUUUCAUUUCAUAGUCCCAUUUCCACUGGUGUUUACCUGGUAUUUACUAAGAAAUAAUGUAAUAACAAUGGUGUCGAAUUGAUUGUAUUGGUGUUUGUUUUUGAAUGAUUCUCAUAGAAACAAAAGAGUAGUCAUUAUCAAGUUAACUGUGAUCUUCACAUAUUGGUGUGGUUAUCAUGUACACUGAGUAGUUCACUCCCAACCCCGUUUCUAUCUAUCCAGGGAAGUCAUCACUGGGCGUAUCUUUCUUCAGACUGGUGGAGCUGACUGGGGGCUCCAUCACCAUCGACGGCAUCAACAUUGCCCAGAUUGGAUUGGACGACCUGAGAAGCAAGCUGUCAAUCAUUCCCCAGGAGCCCGUUCUCUUCAUUGGCACCAUCAAGUAUGUAUGAAUGAUUUAUUUAAGUUUCCCCUAGGUACAGAUAUAUGAUCAGCUUCCCCUCCCCCAAUCCUAACCUUAACCAUUAGUGGGAAAAUGUACUGACCCCAGAUCAGUGUCUGAUUCUUUAUUCUUAUUUUUUCUUACCAAAUAGGUCCAAUCUGGACCCAUGGAAUCAAUACUCAGAUGCCCAGAUCUGGGAUGCACUUGAGAGGACCCAUAUAAAGGAGAUGGUAAGUUGGGAUAGAUAGUCAAUCGAAACAUAAAUAGAGUAAGCAAUACAUGUACAGAUAACUAUGUCAGUUUGACCCCAAAUAUAUUGAUACAUGUCUGUUUAAAAAUGUCAAGUAGUCUUUAUUUUGGCAUUAUAGUAUAUAUGCAUUGCCUUAUACGUCUUCAGAUAAAGUGUUAUUACUGCUGAGAGUAAUUUAUAACAGUAAUUGUGUUUUGACUCUAUUUUGUCUCCCAUCAUAUUCAGAUCAGCCAACUGCCCCAUUCCCUCCAGUCCGAGGUGACAGAGAACGGAGAGAACUUCUCAGUGGGAGAGAGACAACUACUGUGUGUGGCAAGAGCACUGCUUAGACACAGUAAGGUAAACGCGUGCACAUACACACUAGCGUCACGUCUCUUUCUCUCCACACCACACACACAGGACAAUAGAUGAGGGCAGUUAGAUUAGAUUUUUCUCUUUUCUGUUACCACAUAGGAAAGCUUGGGUGCAUCGUCACAUCCUACUUUUGAGGUAGUCACAUAAGAACAUUGAGAAUGUAAGGCAGCAGCUUCCCAAAGGUGUAACAUUGCCACCACAUGGCUUCUAUUGCUAUUUCACUCUGAUUCUGUAGAAUGCAGUUGUAAAUACAAACAACUGAGGAUGACAAAAUACCUAGCAUUUAGGGACUAGCCUAACAUUAAAGUUAUAACACUCCUUAAGAUUAUAAUAUACAUGUCCAUAUUCAAAGACCCAACACUAUUUUUCCAGUCUUUACUAUAUUGCUACUUCCUUUUUCUACCAACCUUAGUGAUUGAACCAUUCUCUGCAAAGUGUGCUUAAAUGUGACAUGUGUUGGGUGUUGCCAGAUCUUGCUGUUGGACGAGGCGACGGCAGCCAUUGACACAGAGACAGACCGGCUGAUUCAGGAGACCAUCCGCGAGUCGUUCAGCAGCUGCACCACACUGAUCAUCGCUCAUCGCCUCAACACUGUGAUGAGCUGUAACAGGAUCAUGGUGUUGGACCAGGGACAGGUGGGUCUUCUGCGCCAUAGAAAUAUACAAUGUGUCUCAAAUGGCACCCUAUUCCCUAUGUAGUGCACUACUUUUAAAAAGGGCCUAUAGGGCUCUGGUCAAAAGUAGCUCAAAUCUAUUGAAUCAUACGAAAGAUGGGCUAAUGUACUAAACAAAAUAUUUGAUAUACUACAGUAUACCUAAAGGCACAUUUCUGUUGUGAGUCAAAAUACUUGUUGGUCAGAAAAUACUUGAACUUAAUUAUUUUCUUAAUUCCAUAACAGAUUUUGGAAUUCGACACCCCUGCUGCCCUGCUGGCAGACGUAAACUCCAGAUUCCGGGCCAUGAUCGGGGCAUUUGACGGCAAGCUCAGUAACACAGAGAAGUGACCCCAGUCGAAUGGGUACAAAGGAGCUCUUAUAAAACAGGCAAUGCAGCAGAGGACCUCACUUGCACAAACUUUGAAGAUGAACAUCCCAAUCUUUCCAUGGAGCGAGGAGGAUGCGUUAUUUUAAAAGGCAAUAGUAGAGGUUCUUACAAUUGCUGCUAAAUCUAGAGAAGUCUGUUGAUGUCAAAAACCAAUGAUGACUUCAUGACUAUGAUGA